CAUCUGUCCAUCCAAGAUCUCUAAUUGUCCUCUCCGUGUGCCCAUCGUGCUGAGAUCUAGAUAUCCUUGUGCUCUGCCAACUUUUUCCCUGGGACAGUCAGCUUGAGACACCUCUUUUUCGGCCUUCCCACCCCUCCUCCUCUGCUCUUUUCGAGAUUUAUCCACCGCAACCAUGGGGAGCUACACUGAUGUCGACCAAUUGGCCAUCAACACCAUCAGAGUGCUGGCUGUCGAUGCCACAUCGAAAGCAAACUCCGGCCAUCCCGGAGCUCCAAUGGGACUGGCGCCAACUGCUCAUGUCCUUUUCAACAAAUUUAUGACUUUCAACCCUAAGAACCCCAACUGGGUUAACAGGGAUCGAUUCGUCCUCUCGAACGGACAUGGUUGUAUGCUCCAAUAUGCUUUACUCCACCUGUUUGGAUAUGCUGUCUCGUUGGAUGACUUAAAAGCCUUCCGGACUAUCGAUAGCAUUACCCCUGGCCAUCCCGAAGCCCAUGAUACACCCGGUGUUGAAGUAACAACUGGACCGUUAGGUCAAGGUUUCGCCAAUGCUGUUGGCCUUGCCAUUGCCCAAGCCCAUACUGGUGCCGUGUUCAACAAGCCUGGCUUCGACCUCAUCAACAAUUACACCUAUUGUAUCUUCGGCGAUGGAUGUGCGAUGGAGGGUGUUGCCAGUGAGGCAGCCAGUGCUGCUGGUCAUCUUCAGCUAGGCAACUUGAUUUGUUUGUAUGAUGACAACCAUAUCUCUAUCGAUGGCGAUACCAACGUCGCAUUCACUGAGGACGUCAUGAAGAGAUUUGAGGCAUAUGGAUGGCACACAAUUCAUGUUGAGGAUGGUAACCAUGACCUCGCCGGCAUUGAGGCUGCUAUCCAGAAGGCGAAGGAGGUAAAGGAUAAGCCAACCGUCAUCAAAGUCACGACAACCAUCGGUUUUGGCUCAAAGCUCCAGGGAACCGGUGGAGUCCAUGGAAACGCCCUGAAACCCGAUGACUGCCGGGGAGUAAAGCAGCUCUUCGGGUUCGAUCCUGAACAAAGCUUUGUCGUACCCCAGCAGGUCUAUGACCUUUACCGGAAGAAGGCCACCGAGGGCGCUGCCAGGGAGCAGGAAUGGAAUGCUCUUCUUCAACAAUAUGCAUCCAAGUACCCUGACGAACAUGCUGAUUUCGUCCGUCGGCUUUCUGGGAAACUUGCUGAAGGUUGGGAGAAGAACCUUCCUAGAUACUCCCCAAGCGAUGCUGCAGUUGCAACCCGCAAGUUGUCUGAAACUGUGCUCGAAAAGAUCCACAAUGUUAUCCCCGAGCUUUUGUCCGGAUCGGCCGACUUGACUGGCUCAAACAACACCAGAUGGAAGCACGCUGUUGACUUCCAGCCACCAAGCACUGGCCUCGGUGAUUGGUCCGGCCGCUACCUCCGCUAUGGUGUGCGAGAACAUGGAAUGGCCGGUAUCAUGAACGGCAUUGCUGCUUACGGGACCCUCAUCCCCGCUGGAGGUACUUUCCUCAACUUCGUGUCUUAUGCCGCCGGUUCCGUUCGCCUAUCUGCACUUUCGCAAGUCCGCAUAAUCUAUAUCGCAACCCACGACUCCAUUGGUCUGGGUGAAGAUGGCCCCACUCAUCAGCCCAUCGAGACCCUUGCCCACUUCCGUGCCUUGCCAAACAUCAUGGUCUGGCGCCCAGCCGAUGGUAACGAGACAAGUGCCGCUUACUACUCUGCUUUGACAUCGCGACAUACCCCUUCCAUCUUGGCCCUGACCCGCCAGAACUUGCCACAGCUCGAAAGCUCCACCAUCGAGAAAGCCAUCCGUGGUGGAUACGUUGCUCUUGAGACGCCAAACGCCAACAUCACCCUUGUCAGUGCUGGUUCGGAAGUCAGUCUCUGCAUUGACGCGGCCAAGUACCUCAAGGAGAAACAUAAUAUUGUCGCCCGCGUUGCCUCCAUCCCCUGUUUCGAGGUCUUUGAUGUCCAGGAUAAGGCAUACAGACUUUCCGUCAUCCCAGACGGCAUCCCUGUCAUGUCCGUUGAGGUCAUGAGCACCCUUGGCUGGGAGCGAUAUUCACACGAACAGUUCGGUCUUAACCGCUUCGGUGCUUCUGGUCCUUACAAGGAGGUGUACAAGAAAUUCGAAUUCACCCCUGAAGGCAUCAGCAAGCGCGCCGUGGCCACCAUCGACUUCUACAAGGGUGCCUCCGUCCGCUCUCCUCUCAACCGUGCCUUCCAGCAAAUCAUCUAAACACGCUUAUACGGACUCUGAGUGCUCUUUAACAGAUAAAACUCUCAUCUCUGAGGAGGUGUCAUGAGCUUUUUGAAAAUGAAGGAAAUGUAAAAGGGAAAAAGGAAAGAAGUCGUAAGAACGCACGUUGAGAACGAAAGAUGAGAAAGUGAAUUCUCUCUUUUUCUUCUCUCUCUCUCUCUCCUUUUUUUUUUUUUUACUUUUCGUUUUUUCCUCCCACCGAGGUAGCUUUCCAUUUAAUCCUUUUUGCUCGGGCAUUCCCUCCUGGUAUUCAACCCCCUCCCACAAAAACUUUUCAUUCCCAGUUUUCACGUUUCCUUUCUUUCCUGGUUUUUUUUUUUUUUUCGGAAUUGCAUAGAUCUAUCCCGCCUCGGCUCUUACAUGAUGAUAUAAAAUGAGAAAUACAAAAUUGCUCCUUUUUCUUAUUCUU